AUGAGACUCGCACACCUCCACCUCCCCCACACAACGCCCUUCAGCCGCGUCUCGCACCUCCAACAAGCCCUCACAACCCGGCUCCUCGCACACAAAAAGCUCACCUCCCCAGGCUCAAUAUCCUCCCAAGAGCUGAGCAACCCAAGCACCACCCUAUCCAAAACGCCACCCCCGCCCCCAGACCCAACAAUCAUCACCUUCACCCCAAACCCCGUCUACACCACCGGCCGCCGCGACCUCCCACCCUCAAACACACGCCCGCCCUCCCCAACAGACCCCAACUUCUCCCUCCCCGCACCGCUAGAACCCAUCCGCUCCCUCUUCAUCCCGCACGGCACGCAUCCCGCAAAGGCAGAGUACCACCCGACCCUGCGCGGCGGACAGACAACCUACCACGGGCCGGGCCAGAUGGUCGCAUACACGAUCCUGGACCUCAAGCGACUGGGCCUCACGCCGCGGUGCCACAUCCGUGUGUUAGAGAACAGCGUCAUCGACCUACUGAAGAGCUACGGGGUGGAUGGGUUUACGACGGAAGACCCGGGCGUGUGGGUGAAGCCUGGACCGGGAUCGGGGUCAGGAUCGGAUGAGCAGCCGAGGAAGAUCACGGCUGUGGGGGUGCAUCUGCGGCGCAAUAUUAGCAGCUUUGGCGUCGGGCUGAAUGUUACCGAUGAGCCGAUGUGGUUCUUUAAGCAGAUUGUCGCUUGUGGCCUGGAGGGCAGGGAGGCGACUAGUCUGCAGGGGGUGGGGGUUUCGGGAUUGGAGAUCGGGGAUGUUGCUGAUGCGUUUGUGGAGAAGUUUGUUGGGCGGGUUAAUGCGGAUUUUGCUGGGAAUUCGCUGGGGGAGGGGAUUGAUGAGGUUUAUAGGGUUACGGAGGAGGAUUUGAUGAACGAUACCCGGCUAGUAUAG